AUGUCCGUGAUAUCAUUUAAUGGAAACAAUUUAGAUCCUGAAGCUCAACGUCCGGUCCUUAGGGCUCUUGGACUUGAGUUGGAGGACGCGUCCAAGUCAGACUAUAUUCUGCUGCAGUCAGUUGAACCUCUUUCGAUUGAUCAGGAAGUUGAGCUCGAGAAGCUAGGAGUUGAUAUCCAUGAAUAUGUCUCUAAGAACACCUAUCUUUGUGGCUUUAAAGAUGCUAACCUGCAACCUAUUCGCACACUUCGUUAUGUUUCUUGGGUGAAUGUCUAUUUGAAUUUGUUUGUCGUUGAGUCCAGUCUCAAGUCUCCCGCUGGAGUGAUGGAACAGUCCAUCUUCCCAACAGUGCCAAAAGACCGUACAACUCAAAAAGUAGAUAUAUUGUUUCAUAAAGAUGUGGAUACUAACUCACCUGACAUCCUGUCUGCAAUCGCUGCGGCCGCACAUGCGGACGCGGAAUCAUUGGAUGCUGAACAGAGAAAAGUUCGGCUUAAUGUUGAAAGCCAAAAUUUGGAUGGUCUGGCUUCCCUUGAUCAAGUCAAGGUGAUUCAGCCAGUUUAUGCACCGCGUCUCUUCAAUAGUAAAGCAAUACAGAUCCUCGGCUGCCCUGUCCAGGUCAAUGGUACCGAGUAUGAGGGACAAGGACAGAUAGUAGCUGUUGCGGACACGGGGUUCGAUAAAGGCUCCACCGUUGACACUCAUCCUGCUUUCAAAGGCCGAGUCAGACAGCUUCAUGCUCUAGGCCGUCACAAUAAGUCGGAUGAUCCAGACGGCCACGGUACUCAUGUCUGUGGAUCUGUUCUUGGAGACGGUUAUUCUGCUUUGAUGGGUGGAAAGAUAAGAGGCGCAGCGCCAAAGGCCAACCUUGUGAUACAAUCCCUUCUCGACCGGAAUAAUGCACUUGGAGGUAUCCCAACCAACCUCAAACAUCUUUUCUACCCUCCAUAUAAAGAAAAUGAUGCCCGUGUUCACACCAAUUCAUGGGGAUCAUCUGCCCCCAGGAGGAAACAACUGGCAUACAACACUUCUAGCAUAGAGAUUGACCGAUUUGUAUGGGACCACAAGGAUAUGGUAAUCCUCUUCGCUGCUGGGAAUGAUGGAAUCGAUGCAGACAAGAAUGGUAUUGUCGACCCCAGGCAAAUUGGCGCCGAGGCUGCUUCCAAGAACUGUAUUACUGUUGGGGCCAGUGAGAAUAAUCACCCUGAGAUACCUAUUACAUACGGUGCUCGAUGGCCCAAAGGGCCUAUUAGCAAGGACCUAAUGGCCGACCAUCCUGAGGGCCUGGCAGCCUUCAGCAGCCGCGGACCUACUCUAGAAGACCGCAUCAAACCUGAUGUUGUAGCGCCCGGCACCGCUAUACUAUCAGCCAGGUCCAGGAAUUUGAUCCAAGCUGAGGCAAAUUUUGGCACAAGCCUGGAUCCUGAGUGGUGGUACCUUGCCGGUACCAGUAUGGCAACACCUCUCGUCGCGGGAUGCGCUGCUAUCCUGAGAGAGAUACUGGUGGAUAAAAACAAAAUUCAAGAGCUUCAGGAACUUCAGAAGCCCAGUGCAGCGCUUAUCAAGGCGUUAUUGAUAAAUGGAGCGGUUGAACUUCCCGGACAGUAUGUCCCAAGUGAAGCUGGACCAUCGCCCAACGGCAACAGCGGCUUUGGUCGCGUGAAUCUAUCCAACUCAUUCAUCCUGCCAGACAAACUUGAUGGAGGAUACCGAGAGGGAGGACCACUCGCCCAAGGCGCAGUCGAUGAGAUUGAGAUAAAUAUCCCAACUUCAGAGAAGCCCGAGAAUGUCCAAGACAGAGCGGCAAGCACCACCGUGCCGCACGGCGCUGUGCUCAAAGUGAGCCUGGUCUGGACGGAUUACCCCGGCGAGAAGCUUCAAAAUGACUUGGACCUGAUUGUGGUCUGCUCGGAUGGCACUGAAAAGCAUGGUAACAUGGGAGAUAGCAAGAACUUUGACCGAACCAACAAUGUGGAACAGGUUGUAUGGGAGAAUCUGCCUCCUGGAAAUGCGAAAAUCAUUGUGCGUGCAUACCACAUCUUCAAGCGAGACUAUCCCCAGCCCUACGCGGUGGUCUGGAGUAUCAACCGUCCUCUGAAGUGA